GAGGGGCAAGAAGAAGUGGAAGGAAAUGUAGAGACGGUCAAAGGGGACUGGGAGGAAGGGGGUUAAAGCCAGUGUGGCAUCGAUCGUGAGUGCUAGGCACGGCAUCGACGCACCGAUCAUUCGUUGCCGAAGCUCAGCCGAGUGCGAACGCGCGAUCACGCACCAACUUCGCUUUUGCCGCUAUUUGUGCCGUAUUUUUACAAGUGCCAGUUCCGGGGGACACUACUGUUUGUUAACAUUUUACGUACUGUUUUGUUUUUCGAGUUUUAGCAACAGGCACGGUUCGGUUAUUGGAGGUGUCUGUUAGUGCGGGUGUCUGGGUGUUGUGUCAACCGAAUUUGCAACGGCUAACUGUUUAGGAGCGCCAUUUUGCUGGGAAAAAGUGUGCUAGACCGUAAUCGUCGGUGACCAGAACAUCCAAAGGUGGAAACGGCGCAGCGAACCAACGAAGUAUUCACAAGCGUCCACCAGCGAAAGCACCACAGGUUCUGCAAGAUAUACAAAGAUGCAGCAUUUCAAAACGCUAACCGUGGCGGUACUGAUGAUGGUGGUGCUGCUAGUCGCUGACAUCCGGGCAACACCACAGGCCGAUGAUACUGCGAAGGCGAACCGUAACAGUUUGCUGCUCCGGCGUGGUAACGUUGGACGACCGCUUGGCCGUACUACACCGACCACCACCACCACGACCACACCAUCGUCCGCCGACUAUGUUGAGGACGAGUACGCCGACAGCUAUGAUGAGGGCAAGGGUGAGGAUGGUGAGGACGGUGCGGAGGAGGGCCCCGUCGGUGGAAAACAGGCCACCACCACCACCACUACGACGGAGGCACCGAAAAAGAUCCGACCGAGCAUUCGCCCGUUCCGCAGCAACGAUGAUCUGCUGACAGCGCUUAAGAAACGGCGCCAAGAAUCGAAGAACAGCAAACCUGCUGCCGCUGCACCGAAGGAGAAGGUGUACGAUGAUGAGGACGUACCAGCACCCGCCGUCCCUGCCAAAAGCGCGAAAGCUCCCGCAAUCGUUCCGAGCAAACGGCGGUUCGGUAGUGGUGCGGCACGAAAGGAAGACCACUCAGCGGACACAUCUAACAACGAUGGCCACGAGGGUAGUGAUAGCGGUAGCGGCAGCAAUAGCAAUGGAGCCAAGUCCCUGAUCGGACGCUUGGGUCGGUCCCGGUUCGCACUGAAGCAGUGAGGUUCCUUUAUCUUCCCCCUACUAUGUAUCCUGGAUGCAAGGGAAGCGGUGAGGCAGAAGGAAAAAGGAAGAAGAAGAGCAUGAAGGGUGAAGUAGGGGUGUAAUGCGAUGGAGCAGUUUCCCCCGCCCCCAAUUUGGGCCAACCCAGGACCAGCCAGCAUUUGGAGCAAUUUUGGAGAAAAGAAUUUUUAAGUGCAUGAAACAGAGAGACAGAGAGAAACCGAGAGAAAGAGAGAGAUACAUAAAGAAAGGAUGAGCGAGAGUGAGAGACAGAGAAGUAGAAAGAAAGAUCGUUCUGAUAGGACUUGAUGGUGAAUUGUGGAUCUGCUACUGCUGCUUUUCACCGUACCCGUUUGACAAACUCCAAAACAAAUCAUAUCCCUAGGGUCCACAAACGAAAAAUGGCAGUAGCCGAUCAUUCCAUCACAAACAGCCACAGCCAGCACGCUCUUCGUUACGUUUAGCUAUUGUUAUUUGUAGUAAACACAACCACCCACAACUCAUACACACAUACAAACACACACACAUCUAAAAGAGAAAAAACACAAACAAAAAAAAACAAUACGCAUACUCAUUUAUUUACUCGUUCGAGCAAAUAAAUUGCGCAUCAAUGCGCAACGUUUUCCUGUGAA